AGCGAUCUAUAUGGGCAGAAUUUAGCAGAUGAGAUGGAAUAGAUCAUUUGACAAAUUCGGAGAAAGUGAAGCAAAUGUUGGUAAUGGAGAAUAAUGCCAACAGGUUCAUUUGCAACUAUGAGGACAUCGCCGAUUCAUAUGAACUUCUUGAGGAGUUGGGACGAGGAAAGUUUGCACUGGUAAAGAAAUGUAGAAACAAGAAGACUGGGGAGCUUUUCGCAGCUAAAGUUUAUGGGAAGCGAGCUGGGAGACGAGGGGAACGUGCCAAAGCACUGAACAAUGAGAUAUCGGUACUUGGCAUUGUGCCACCUCACCCUCGGAUUGUUAAACUACUGGAGGUUUACCACGGACAAAACGAAGUGGUCCUUAUCUUAGAACUGUUGAAAGGAGGGGAGCUGUUUGAGAGGCUGCUCCAGGAGUCUGUUGGAUUGUGUGAGGCACAAUCAAGACGAGUAAUCAGACAAAUAUUAGAGGCAGUGAGACAUCUACAUCAGAACAACUUAGUUCAUCUUGAUAUCAAGCCCGAAAACGUUCUGCUGGUGUCUCAUGACAAGGACAGUGAUAUAAAACUGGUAGACUUUGGUUUAGCUAAAAUGUUAAAAGAGGGUGAAAUCAUCAGGGACAUGGUCGGCACUCCAGAAUUUGUUGCUCCGGAGGUGAUAAACUACGAGCCGAUCACGCUAGCUGUAGAUAUGUGGAGUAUUGGCGUUCUGACCUACAUAUUAUUGAGUGGUAGUUCCCCGUUUUUGGGAGACACCCAACAAGAAACCUACUCUAACAUAUCUCUCGUGGACUACGAUUUCGAGGAGGAGGUGUUCGAUACCAUCUCUGACCAUGCUAAAGAGUUCAUCUCUAAACUGCUGGUUAAAAGAUCAAGUAAGCGGAUGACAGUAGAAGAGAGUCUGAACCACCCCUGGAUGUGUAUGCUUCUCAGCGCUGACACAUCUCUGGAAAGUGAGACGUCACCUUCGAAAUCACCUACUCUUAAAGUUGACAGUGAAGAUAAUGGGUCAAAUCCUAACCUUCACCGUUUAAUUACAUUCAUAUGGAUGUUGAUAGAUUUACUCUUCAAGCGAAUUUUGAAAUAGAUUCAACGACUCGCUACAGAAGAUCAGAAGUUCAGAUUGACACGACAAAGCUGGUUAUACCCAGCAACCACGCAUAGCACCUAGCAACCACGUAGCAACCUUGCAUAGCACCUAGGACUAGGAACUAGUAGAAUGUACAUUGUCAAAGGAACUUCAAGGACCCUUGGCAUGUAGGAGAGAGUGGGUAAAUGUAAGCCCGCGUGGGUAAAUGUGAGCCGCGCCGUUCAAGUAGACGAGUGGUCUUAUCGUGACGAUAUGGAUCUUAUCUAUUGACUUGUUUGAUUUUAUUGUAUUAUAUCUGUGAAUUCACGGCCUGACUUUAAGUUUACUUUAUUUAAUUUAAAUUACGUUCGAGCUGUAGUUCUAUAUUAUAAUGGUGUAAUUCCUUUCAACAGGGAUGCAGGUUAUGAAGUAUACUUAGCAGUUAGAUCAUGAUUCAUGCUCAUAGUUUAUCAAUAGCCCCUUUUUGUUUUCAAUUCUGAAAACAUGCGAUCACUUGGACAUAGCCUGUUGUAGAUUUAAUCUUUUUUAUUGAACAUUUUCUGAGCUUAAUCGAUGUUUGUAUAACCUUGUUAAAAGAAAUUGGACUUGGCUAUUUUAGAUAUAGGUAGAAAAGAUGCUUUCUUAAUUUGAUAAAUUAUUUCUAUAUUAUUUAAAGUUAUAUGUUAUGUAUGUUCUUAGUUUGAAUCGCACGAUCUUAAUAUGGAUGUCUGAACAUUUCAGUUUAAGACCUGUUUCAUAAUUAUUAUAAGGCUGUUUUAGCUUAAUGCCCUUUAUUCUGACAUUUUAGUUGGGCUGCUGCUUUCGGAGAAAAGGCCUUUAGCUUAAGUUCUAUCAGUUAUUCAAAACUAUUCUAGACUGUUUGACCGAGUAAUUUGCCAAAGCUUGUUUAUAUUUGAUUGAUUCUGAUUGCUAUUAUUAAACCCUGUAACAUAUAUUUCUGUUUUGUACAAAUUAUUACCAUUUAUUCCCUCCAAUAUUCAUUUUAUAUGUUACACAGAA